UUGUUUGGCUUUCCCUUCAUACAAAACCCUACAAGGCACGGACUUGAGAUUUCUAAGACCCUCUCUCUCUCGUACUUCAUCGGAACCGAAACCCUUCGCCGCAAAAAAUGCCUCCCAAAUCUGCCAAAUCCAAGGAAGCUCCAGCUGAGCGACCCAUCCUCGGUCGAUUCUCUUCUCACCUCAAAAUUGGCAUUGUUGGCUUGCCAAAUGUUGGAAAGUCUACUCUCUUUAAUACUCUCACCAAGUUGGCAAUACCUGCUGAGAACUUCCCCUUUUGCACCAUUGAGCCUAAUGAGGCACGGGUCAAUGUACCCGAUGAACGGUUCGAGUGGCUUUGCCAAUUAUUCAAGCCAAAAAGUGAGGUCUCGGCUUUCUUAGAAAUCCAUGACAUAGCUGGAUUGGUCCGAGGUGCUCAUCAGGGGCAAGGAUUGGGGAAUAGUUUUUUAUCUCACAUCCGUGCUGUAGAUGGCAUUUUCCAUGUUUUACGUGCAUUUGAGGAUCCGGACAUUAUUCACGUUGAUGAUACUGUUGACCCAGUCAGGGAUUUAGAGGUCAUUACUGAAGAAUUGCGGCUGAAGGAUAUUGAAUUCAUGGAAAGAAAGAUAGAAGAUAUUGAGAAAAGCAUGAAGAGGAGCAAUGACAAACAGUUAAAAAUCGAGCUUGAAUGUUGUCAAAGGGUGAAGGCAUUGCUUGAGGAAGGAAAAGAUAUACGUCUAGGGGAUUGGAAGGCUGCUGAUAUUGAAAUUUUGAAUUCCUUUCAGUUGCUGACUGCCAAGCCUGUUGUAUACUUGGUUAAUAUGACAGAAAAAGAUUACCAAAGAAAAAAGAACAAGUUUCUGCCCAAAAUUCAUGCAUGGGUCCAAGAGCACGGUGGUGAGACUAUUAUUCCUUUCAGCUGUGCCUUGGAAAGGAAUCUUGCAGAUAUGCCACCAGAUGAAGCUGCUAAGUAUUGUGAGGAGAACAAAACACAAAGUGCUCUUACCAAAAUAAUAAAGACUGGAUUUUCAGCUAUUAAUCUCAUUUACUUUUUCACUGCAGGACCUGAUGAGGUUAAGUGUUGGCAAAUUCGACGCCAAACAAAGGCUCCCCAAGCUGCAGGGGCUAUCCAUACUGAUUUUGAAAGAGGAUUUAUUUGUGCUGAGGUGAUGAAGUUUGAGGAUCUAAAGGAACUUGGUAGUGAGUCAGCUGUGAAGGCUGCUGGAAAGUAUAAACAGGAAGGGAAAACGUAUGUGGUCCAAGAUGGAGACAUUAUAUUCUUUAAGUUCAACGUUUCUGGUGGGGGCAAGAAGUAAAUCCAGCGAUUCAUCUCAAAUAGCAGAGCUGGUUUUGCAUGGAGUUUGUUUUAUUAUAGGUGCCUACCAUAUUGCACAAUUUGUAGAAGUUUGAAAAUGUAAUUUUUGGACCAUUUUCAAUAUUAUUUACUUAUUUAGGCUUAUUAAUAUCUCUAGUGGAUUUUGACCUCUCACCUAUUUCCAUGAUUUAUUAUCUAUGCUAUGCUACAUCUUAUAGCGGUUUUGAAUGUGAAUGUUGAUAAGUUGAUGCUUUUGUAUGUUGGGUCAAUUAAUUUAAUAAUACAUGGGUGCAUUCACGUAAA